UCCAUUUCAGUGUUAAGCUCUUCUUCCUAAACGGCACCGUUUUGGUCACCUUCACUCUAGUCCUGCUAGUGUUUAGGGUUUUACAAAGCCCUCCUGCACUGUUUCGUUUACCAGAUUUGGUCAUGGAAACCGACGAAGAAGAACAACGCGUCACUCCAUUCCAGCUCCAGUUCGACAAGCCAGUCGCUUCGCAGAUUAAGAUCGCGGAGUGGAAUCCCGAGAAGGAUUUACUCGCCAUGGUAACUGAGGACUCCAAGAUUUUACUGCACCGCUUCAAUUGGCAGAGGCUCUGGACAAUCUCUCCAGGAAAGUGCAUAACGUCUUUGUGUUGGAGACCUGAUGGUAAAGCAAUCGCUGUCGGGCUCGAAGAUGGAACAGUCUCAUUGCAUGAUGUUGAAAAUGGAAAGUUGUUGAGGAGCUUGAAAUCACAUACUGUGGCUGUUGUUUCUCUUAAUUGGGAGGAGGAUGGACAGAUGACUAGAGAUGAGUAUGGCAGCCACUCGGUAUAUGAAGACCGUACUUCUCGUUUCUUUCCACCACCUCCAAGAGUUCCGCGAAUGCCUGGACUGGUAUCUGGAGAGACCGGUUUCAUGGAUGAUAGUGAAGAUUCAUUUCGAGAGCUGUCAAAUUCUUCACAGCAACGUUUUAAUAUCCUCUGCAGUGGAGAUAAAGAUGGAUUCAUUUGCUUUAGUAUAUUUGGGAUCUUUCCGAUAGGGAAAAUUAACAUACACAACUUUGGUGCUGCUAGUCCACUUAAGGAUACUGAAGCUGAGUGUAGACUUCUGAAUGCUUCUGUUUACAAGGUUGCUUUGUCAAAAGAUCUUUGUCAUUUGGUAGUCAUGUGUUCAGGAGAAUUAAUUGAAGAUAGGGAAGAAUCAGAAAACAGGCAGAUGACUGAACCUGGUAUGCAUGGCUUACAUUGCAUAGUGCUUGAUACAUCUAUAUUUUGGAAGAGAAAAAGUGAGCUUCAUCAAGUGGCGCAACAAGCUUCUAACAUUGAGGAAUUGGCAGAGGUUAUUCGGUCAUCAAUUUCAGUUAUGCACAAGGAGUGGUCUGAUGCUAUGCGCACUUUUCAUGACAAGUUUGAUUCUCUGUCCAAUCUGAUCAUAGACCAUGGACUCCAGUCCUCUCCCCAAGAGGAGUUUUUGAGUCUUUUAGGCGGUGCAAGGACUAGUCCAGCAGUUCAUCAGUUUCUAGUUAACUCUCUCGGUGAAGUGGGCGUGAAGCGCGUGUCAAAGGCUGUUUGUGGUGCUGGGAAAGAAGUGCAGCUUAUAAUCCUAAAUCAUCUCCAGCCUGCUGCAGAAAUUAUCGCAUUCAGGAUGGGAGAACUAAGAGGCCUUUCAAGAUGGAGAGCACGCUAUCAGGGCAUCGGUUUGGAUGAGACGCUUAUCAAUAAUGCAACAGAAAAAGCUGGAAUGAUACUUGUACAAGUUGAACGGUUUAUCAGGGUGCUUUCAUCUGUGGUGCAGCAGUUUUCGAACUUCUUCAAUUGGCUCUUGAAGUGUAUAAAGUUACUCAAUUCAGAACCCAGUGAUCAUCAUCUUCUACUGUACAAUAGUGAACUUGUUGUUAUAUUCUUGAAGUUUCUAUAUGACCAAGAUCCUGUUAAGCAGUUGCUGGAGGCGUCGGAAGCUGAUGAGAGUAUCGAAGUUGGAUUGGAAACAGUGCAGAGAGUUAGAGAAUUAGUUCAGUUUGGGGGAUUUUCAGAUUGUGAGCACCUGCAGAGGACGUUAGCCAAGGAAUUUCAGCAGAUGGAGUCUAGUUUUAAGGAGGCUUUUCAGAUGCCCUUUACUACAAUUUCAAGAAAGAUAGUCUGUGAAGAUUCAUUGCCACUUUGCCCACUGCCACCUUCGUCAGCAUCUUUGUCUACCAGUAUUCCUAUGUCAGUAUCAUAUUAUGAGGAUGCCUCCCAUUCCGUCCCUCAUCAGACUCGUCAACAUAUGUUUCUUGACUACAUCUCUUUCCAUAUACCAGAUGAGUCCUUCUCUGGUAUGGAAAAUUGUAUAGGCAUAGUGAGGGGGAUUAUGCAUGACUCAAGCAUUGUAAAGAGGGGUUAUACUUCAGUAGAAGCUGUACUGUUGUGCAUCCCUGUUGGUUAUUACUGUGUGGAUCUUUCUUUAUAUAAGGAAAGUCAGAUUGUUUUAUUAUUAAAUGAAACAACUACCACUUCUGAAAGCUCUGGUGAUGCCUGUAUGAUGAUUGUGCAAGCAAAUGACCUUCCAUUUGUAUCUAUCACAAGAUCCACUAGUCUAAACUAUUGGAACUUGCAUCAACUGAAGGACUCUGUUGUUCACUUGCAAAUGGAGAACGAGAAGGUUCGCAGUAUACCCCAUUCUGUUAUUGCUCCUCUAGCAGUUAGCUCAUCAAGAGGUGUGGCUUGUGUUUUUGCUGCAAGAAAGCGUGCCUUGGUCUACAUUCUGGAGGAAGAUGAAGAUGAAGUUUCUGAUUCAGAGUGACCCUCACUUUUUAUGUAUCAGAUUGGUUUUCAUGGGUUUUCAAUCAACCAGGGGUAUAAAUUUUGUAUAUAUGGAGGUUCAAGA